UUCUCUAAAUUUCAGUCGCGGGUGGCGGACGUUCGGCGGAAAAACUCUAACUAACUUUAACUGAAAAUAAAAACAAAUAAAACCAGAGAAAAGCGAAGAACGUGUGAUAAGAACAGCAGAAACAACAACAGCACCAACAAAGUUGACUUUUGAUUUUCGAGCGCGUGUGUUUGGAUUUACUUCAUUGCCAUUUAUAAUAUUUGAGCAAAACAAAACUCAAGUCAACUCAACAACAACUAAAACGUGGUUCAACUAAUUCGUUCAUUUUUGUUUUCACUUUUUUUUACUGUGCGUACGAGUGUGUGUGUUUGUUUGUCUAUGCGUGUAUUAGUUUGUUUGCUUUUUAAUUAGUUCGACUCUUGUUUUGAUUUUUGUGAUUCCCUCAUUUUUUUCGAACGAGAUCUUUCUACAGAACAAAACAAAGAAGCAAGAAAACAACCAUGUGGCAGCCAUGAGGCGGCAGCGCUCCACUCGCCGCCAGCUGUUAUUAUGUCCGGCCACUUGUUGCAGGCAUUCAUGAUGCAAUUGAAACUGCAGCGACCGGCGGCACAGCGAACUCGAUACCAGUCUCUACUGGGCUGCGGCCACGAAAAACACUCAUACGCCAUGUGGGCGCGAGGCGAUCGGUGGAUGUUGCAAGAACGGCAGCCAACAACAACAGCAGCCACGGGCGCCACACUGGCCCACGGCCAAGGCUAGGGCUAAGGCUAGUGCCACAGCCACACAGCACCACCACCGCCACCAACAACACCACCACCACCACCACCACCCCAAAACCACCCACACCGGCAGCAGCUAUAGUAAGACAAAACACAGCCACCACCACGACCAUCAGCAGACACAACAACAACAACAACGACGACUGCUGGAACAACAACGUUCAACAACAGAAACAUCAAGGAAAGUUGAAGAACUCCGUUGAACUCGAACGAAACAAAAACAUCAAGAAAAUGUCUGAGUCGCGCCGCCAGUCGGUGAGCUCCAGGGCGAUGCCGCCGGGCGUUCUGGUCAACGAUAGCCGUGCGAACUCCACCGAUGACAUCCAGAUCGCCUUGGCGCCCCACAUCCAGACCUACCUGAGCCAGACGGGCCGGCGGCACUCCUGCUGCAGCGUGAUGCUCCCAGUGGCAUUCGAGCGGGCGGCGGCCAAAUCCUGGCUGGACCCCAAGUUCGAUUCCCCGGUCCUCGAGGAGCAGUACCAGGCCAGCGUCUUUCCACACGUCCGCAUGCGAUACAGGUUCACCCUCUCGUACAUCCUGCUCUGCUCGCUGAUGUGGUGCCUGUACUUUGUGGUGGAUGGCGGAUCGGAGGACUUCUGGCGCCCAAUCUCUAGCUCCUUUUCGAUGCUCUCGCUGGUCACCAUCAUGGCGUUGUGCUUCACCCAUUGGGACCUGUACAGGGAGCACCGAACGGUGACCUCGGCGGUAACUGCGCUGCUACUUUGCGGCGCCUCAUUGGCAUUCCUCACCUACACGGGCCGGGCGUUCAGUCCGCUGGGUCAUUUCGCCAUCUGCCUGGAGAUCGUUCUGCUGAUCUACACGGCUCUACCGAUGCCCUUGUGGCUGGGCGCCAGUACGGCGAUUAGCUAUUCGAUUGCCUUCGAGAUGGUCUCGCACAUGGUAAUCGGAUGCAGUGCGAUUCAUGGAGGUCCCAUGCACGGCGGAGGUGGAGCAGCUGGGGGAUCAGGAAUGGAAGCCAACGGAGAUCCCAGCAAUAGGAUACUCAUACUGCGGAUAAUGGCCCAUCUGAGUGUGCAUUUGGUGGGCGUGCAUGUGCUGAUCAUGAAUCUGGUGCGCAUGCGCGGCACCUUCAUGAAGGUGGGUCAGAAUCUCCUCGUGCGUCGUCAAUUGGAGAUGGAAAAGCAGCUCAAGGAGAAGAUGAUACACUCGGUGAUGCCGCCGAAAGUGGCCGAUAUGCUGCUCAAUGAGGGUGGUCCGUCGGGUCUGGAUGCCGGUGGAUUGCCACCGGAAUCCCACUACAUGCGACCACGUGCCUCCAACGAUGUGAAGUCCCUGUUCCGACCAUUCCACAUGCACAGCAUGGAGAACGUGAGCAUUCUAUUCGCGGACAUCGUUGGCUUCACCCGCAUGUCCUCCACGAAAACAGCCGAACAGUUAGUGGAGAUACUCAACGAUCUCUUCGAGCGUUUUGACGACCUUUGCUCGCUGAGUGGCUGCGAGAAGAUCUCCACGCUGGGCGAUUGCUACUACUGCGUGUCCGGUUGUCCAGAGCCACGGGCGGAUCACGCCAUUUGCUGUGUGGAAAUGGGUCUGGGCAUGAUUGAUGCCAUGCGCUGCUUCGAUGCCCAGCGCCACGAGGGUGUCAAGAUGCGAGUGGGCGUCCACACGGGAACAGUUCUCUGCGGGAUCGUCGGCACGAGGCGGGUGAAGUUCGAUGUGUGGAGCAACGACGUCAGCCUGGCCAAUAAAAUGGAAUCCUCGGGCAAACCGGAGCAGGUGCACAUCUCGCAGGAGACAUCCAGCUUUUUGGGCGAUGCCUACUACUUGGAGGAGGGCGAGGAGGUGUUUGGUCAUCGUACUUACUUCGUGGUGGGAAGACGACGCGACUUCACACGAACCAAUAGCCUGAGUCCCAGCAUGCCUGCGAAUGCCACUGGCAGUUCCCUGCUCUUGCCCGGCGCCCAUGGCGCCUCCCUUUCCCAGAGUGCCACCAAUGUGUCGGCGGUGCAGCCGAACGUUCCUCCGGCCUCGCCGGUGGGUCAGCUAUCCAGCUCGCUGAAUCCCUCGCCGGUACUCUCCAUGCGACCGCGUCUCACCUCGUUGAGCAUGAAGAUGCGUAAGAAGUCGCAGAGCCGCGACCGGGAUGUGGAACGUGGCAUCAUCCAUCCGGCGGCAGCGGGAAUUCCUCCGGUGAUUGUGGUGCGGGAACGACCGAAGAUCAUCAUUACCACCAAGUCCCUGCCCGGCAGUCUGGACUCUGAUGAACAACCACCAGUCAGUCCACCGUUGCUACCGCCGGCAAAUCCACCAGCGGCCGAAACGCGAUCGAAGAUCAAGCUAAAGGUGUGGAAAAUUCCUCGAUUCCUUAAGCGAUUUGAGGAUUUAACCAACAGGAGCAGCUGUGGCGGCAGCUCCUCCGCCGGUCAUCUGGACAAGGAAAGAGAGAGGGAGCGGGAGAAGGAGAAGGAGGAGCUGCACCAGCAUAAUCAACUGAAUCCCGAGGAGACCUUGGCAUUCAUGGACAACCAGAUGCAAAAUGGCAACGGUUGUGGCUAUCAGCAGUUGCCCGUUUUGGUAGAGUCCAACCAUCGCACUCAGACCCUGGACAUUCCGGCCGCUCGUCCGGUGCUCCAUCAUGCAGCUACAUCCACGGCACUGGCAAGCAGUGUGCUCAGAUCGCCGGAGGCGGGAGUCAGUGGAGGCGGGGGUUGCUGUUCUCCUGGUCAGUACUCCAUGUACGAUGACAUCAUCGAUGUGCGAUCCUACAUCAGUCAGUCACGGAGCGAUAUAUCUCCAUUCGGUCGUUCGGGCAGCUAUAGAUCGCAAUGUGGCCGCCAGUCAACGGGAGGGGUGAACGGAGCAGGACCAGCAGGAGUUGGGGCCGAAGGAAGAGCUGGUACCUCCCAGACAGCGCCGCCAGUAGAGCAAUCGCCACUCCCGCGACCACGAGCAUCCACCUUGGCAACCGGUAGACCCACACCGAAUAGCCUGGAACCGGGCCCUUCCUCAACGAGUCCCUGUUGCUUGCCAGCUCCGGGCAACUCCGUCGGAGGUGGUGGCAUCUUUCCGCCCACGCACUCCCGCCAGUCGAGCAUCUGCCCAUCGGCCACGUCGCGCAAGGAUUCCGGGAUCAAGAGCAACUCGCGCAGAUCCUCGAUCCAACAGCAAAUCUAUGCACUCAACCAGACGGCGAUUAGUCAGCACAGGGUCUCCGGUUACUUUACCAGCUCCACGUCCAGUAUCUCCAAUUUGGGAGAGGUCCAGGGACUGGGUCUUCCGCUGGCGGUACAACCGCCACCGCCUCUUUUGAUGCCCGCCUGCUCUUCGCAAAUGGCGGAUCCACUGGCCGCCUGCCUGCAGCAAUUGCGCAAGCAAUCGGAUCUUCAGCUUAUCCGUUGCGUUCGGGAUAAUGCCAGGUCGCAGAGGAGCUAUCUGGUCAAACCGCCGUUGCGGAAAUUCAGUUUAUACUUCAAGUCACGGCAGUUGGAACGCGAUUUCCGCUCGAAGGCCCAUCGUUUUGGAGCGGAAAAUGAGACGGAAGGACCGCCGACUUUGGCCACGCCACGCUAUAAUACCUACAUUGAUAUAUUCGUGGGGAUUGCGGUUUAUCUGUGCAUCUCCGUCUCGCUGUUUUUGAUGACCCAGAACACGGUGUCGCCCAGCUUCCGGCUGUGGGUGACCUUGUUCUCCUGCUUCACAGGCAUCCAAGUGUUCGCCCUCUUCCUCUUCACAAGGCAAAUGUGUCGCCGGCAGAGCGGUAGCAAUGUUAGCAAUCGAUUCCGUUCCAAGUCGACGACCAGUGAGGAUUUGGAGCGGGAUGAGCGAGGAGCUGCACCGGGAGGAAGACCACAUUUUGAGUCCUGUGCCGAUCGCAUUUUCGAGGCCAUAUCCAGCUGGUAUCCGUGGCACAUUUGCCUGGCCGUUCUGAUGGCCAUGCCAGUGCUGUUGAUCAUCGCCAACUUUCUGCUCCUGGACUUGGAGCAACUGGAGGCGUUUGAGUACCAUUAUGGAUUCCUGAUCUUUGUGUGCAUCGUGCACUUCUGCAAUUUCACACAGCUGAAUUGUUGGGUGCGGAAUGUACUGGCCUUUUUGGCAGCCCUCUGCUUUAUUGGCAUUGCAGUGUCCCAGUUGAUGGUCUACAGUCACAAUCGGAGUGACCAGCAGCAGGAUCAGGAGGCGUCGAAUUUCAUCCAGGAGAUCAAGUGGUUUCAGGACUAUCAUGUGGAAAUCUAUCUGGAUCUGCUGCUCAUCCUGGUGUUGGUCUGGUUCCUUAAUCGCGAAUUUGAGAUUGGUUAUCGGCUGACCUUCUACGGCAAUGCGGUGGCCAAUCAGGAUAAGGUCCGAGUGCAGAACAUGAAGAACCAGGCCGACAUGCUGCUCCACAACAUUAUACCCAAGCACGUGGCUGAGCAUCUGAAGAACACGGCCAAGUACUCGGAGAACCAUCACAACAUAGCCAUCAUCUUUGCCUCGAUCGUGAACUUCAAUGAGAUGUACGACGAGAGUUAUCUGGGUGGCAAGGAGUUCCUGCGAGUGCUCAACGAGCUGAUUGGUGACUUUGAUGAGCUGCUCUCACGUCCGGAAUUCCGGGCUGUGGAGAAGAUCAAGACAAUUGGUUCGACCUUCAUGGCGGCCAGUGGAUUGGAUCCCUCGCAUCGCGGCACGGGGGACGAACAUAUUCACACACUAAUGGAGUUCUCAAUCGCCAUGCAGGAGGUGGUGGAUGCCUUCAACAAGGAUCUGUUGGAAUUCAAUCUCAUCCUGCGGAUUGGCAUGAACAUUGGCGAUGUGACGGCGGGAGUAAUCGGUACUAGCAAGCUGUAUUACGAUAUUUGGGGCGAUGCAGUCAAUGUGGCCUCCAGAAUGGACUCCACCGGGCUACCCAAUCGCAUUCAGGUGGGCAAGGAUUGCCUGCCCUUCCUCACCAAUCGCUAUGAGUUCGAGCCACGUGGCAGUGUCUAUGUAAAGGGCAAAGAUCACAUGGAGGUGUUCCUCUACACGACACGAAGAGAUAAUCCACUGGAUGAUGACGAGGCUGAUAAGGUUGAACAAUUGGGCACCAAGAAGAUGGAGCACGAGGGGCGGGAUGAGGAUGUGGUGCAGGGCGAGCAGCAAGCGGAGGACAAAGACGAGGAGGAGGAGGAAGAGGAGGAGGAUGAUGACUUGCACUCCAGUGAGACCACCACGCUCUUCAAGUCACAGGAAUCGCUGCAGGCGAAUGGUGGCAGCCACUUGGCACCCAACGCCGCAGCCACCAGCCACACCCACACAAUUACCCUAACCAACAACAACAACCAUAACAGCAGCAACAUCAACAACAACAUUGCCACCAGCAACACAACAACAACAGCCAACAACAACUCAAUGCCAGUGGAAACUUAGGAAAAUUGCGGGGUAGCAAGGCACUUGAAAAAUGGUUUCAAAAUUGCAUUUAAUGACUCUAACGGUAGGGCAGCAAGUUUCCCGGACAACCAGACCAUCCGUCGUCGACAACCACAAGUGGCUAAGAGUAUGGAGCUGUUGCCAGAAAACCAAACCAGAUCCAGGGGAUAAAAAAUCGGUGGGGCGGGGCGAGGAAUUACCCGAAGGGGUGGGGGGUUGAAAAUUAAAAAAAGCAACCGUGUUUUUUGUGAUAUAAAUGAAUAUGAAUAGAUAGAAACGUUAGGAACGAUAGAAUCGGGUAAAAGUUGCUAGUGAUUGAUUGGUUAAUUGAUUGAUCCAUCGAUUGAUUGUUGUUAACUGCGUUUUUCGGGAUGGCUAACGUGUUGGAGCAUUGAAACUCCAAACAGAAGCAGACCAUUCGGCAUAUGCAAAAUAUGUGUGUGUUUAAGUGUUACUAGCCGCCAGUUGACUCAUCUGCACAACCAAACGAAGUGCUUUCUUUCCAUUCUACCACUGUUUUUUUUUUCAAAUAGAAUUAACUACACUUAAUUAAACUAAUGGAAAUAUGUGGCUUUAAAUGGUAGUAGCGAAAUAUAGAUGUGGAUUGUAUGUAGAUUCAAUGUACCAUAGAGUUAACCCACUAUGCAUAUAAGUAACUAAAUAACAAUUUUUUUGAGCCAACGAAUGGAUAUUACCUGUAUGUAUUGGCCCGUUGUUCGAUGUUGAUCAAUGUGUGUAUAUAAAUGUACGUAGCUAAAGUUAAACGAUUGCUGAUUGUGUUUCGCAGACGAAGAUCUGUUGCCAUAUAAGCGGGGUUUUUUGGGGUCGGAUUAUUUCGGAUUUCGAAGAAUCAUAACCAAAUGAUAAUUUCGUCGUCUGUUUUUAGCUAUUACAUCGCAGUAAAUGGCGUGGAAAUUGGUUUCCCAGUGUAGCUUCAUAUAUUUUUUUUAAAGUUUUUUUUCUAGUAAAGCAGUUAUACGAUCUACAUAUGUAUGUAGUUAUAACAUGCAGCUUUUACAUAAAAUGUACCCCAGCAAACGACCGAAAAGUAUGCACCAAAAUGCUUGCCAUACACACACAAAGACACGCACUCACCCACCAAAAAAAAAAGCUUUCACCACACUCACGCACACACACACACACACACACACCAACCCCCAAGACACCGGAAAAAAUAAUUUUAUAGCCUUUUGUAUAAUUUUUUUAUACAAACACACCUUUUGUGCAAUGCAACAUUGCCAGUUUCUAAUGGUAAACUUAAGCAGAACUCUAUUUCCGCCACGAAAAAAAAAAUAAGAAAAAAUCAAAAAAACGAAUUACCAAAAUCAGUGAAAAUAUAUUGCAAUGUAAACGUGUAUGUGUAUCGAAACCUAUGGACCCUAUUGUAUUUUUAUAUUAACAACAAACAAGUAUUUUCUACUAAUUUAUUGAGCGAAAAAAAAAACUAAAAAGACGUACAUUUUUUUCUUGUCUUUUUGAAACCUCUAAGUGUACAUACUGCAU